GCCUGAAGUAAAGAUAAUAAUAAAAUAAUAUGUCAAUCUCAGACAGCAACAUUGAAAUCUGGAAAAUUAGAAGACUUAUCAAGAACUUAGAGAAGCUCAGAGGAAACGGAACUAGCAUGAUCUCCCUCCUACUCUCCCCACGUGAUGCUAUCUCCAAGGUCCAGGGUAUGCUUGCAACUGAAAUGGGAACUGCUACUAAUAUUAAAUCAAGGGUGAAUAGACAAGCCGUGUUGACUGCUAUUACCUCCGCCAAGGAGAGACUCAAGCUCUAUAGCAGAACCCCAGCUAACGGAUUGGUCAUCUACUGUGGAACAGUUAUUGGAGAAGAUGGAGGUUCUGAGAAGAAGUAUACUAUUGACUUUGAACCCUUCAGACCGCUAAACACGUUCAAAUAUAUCUGCGAUAAUAAGUUCUGCACUCAACCUCUAUUUGAGCUCCUAGAGAAUGAUGAAACCUUUGGAUUCGUUAUCAUGGAUGGAGCAGGAUGUCUCUUUGGUACACUCCAAGGAGCCAACAGGACCAUUCUUCAGCAGAUCAGUGUGCAGUUGCCUAAAAAGCAUGGUAGAGGAGGACAGUCCGCUCCCAGAUUUGCAAGAAUUAGGGAAGAGAAGAGAGGCCACUACGUCAGAAAGGUCGCCGAACUUACUACCUCUCACUUCAUCACUGAUGAUAGACCAAACGUAAAGGGAUUAGUCUUAGCUGGAUCAGCCAAUUUCAAAAACGAUCUCUCCCAAUCUGACUUGUUUGAUAAGAGACUUUCUGAAAUUGUCAUCAAAAUCGUUGAUGUAUCCUAUGGAGGUGAGAACGGAUUCAACCAGGCCAUCUCUUUGGCUGAAGAUGCCCUUUCCAAUGUCAAGUUCGUUGAAGAGAAGCAGCUGAUCAGUAAAUACUUUGAAGAGAUUGCUCUCGAUACCGGGAUGAUCUGCUUCGGAGUUGAAGAUACUCUCCAUUCGCUAGAAUGCGGAGCUUGUGAUAAGGUAGUCUGCUGGGAAGGACUUGAAAUCAACAGAUAUGAAGUCCAAAACCCCCAGACUGAAGAGAUCUUUGUCCACAACUUGAAUAAAGACCAAGAGAAGGAUCCUAAAUAUUUCACUGAUGAAAAGACUGGAAUUGAUCUGGAUGUCAUCAAAUGUGAAGCUCUCUCAGAAUGGCUGUGUGAGCAUUACAAAGACUAUGGAGCCCAACUCGAAUUCAUCACCGACAAGUCCCAAGAAGGAUAUCAAUUCGUCAAUGGUUUCGGUGGUAUCGGUGGUUUCCUCAGAUUUAAGAUCGAAAUGCCAGAAACUGUGUACGAAAAAGAAGACAAUGGGGAAGGAGAUGAAGAAGCUUUCGACCCAGACGAAGAUUUCAUCUAAACAAUAGCUUAAAUUUAAGUUGGUUAUAAAAUC